AUGGAAGCUUCCCAGAAAGACAAACUUGUGGCUGCAAAGAAUAAAUUACAUCAAAUUCAUCCAGAGGCAGAAGAAAAGAAAAGAAUGCAAGCAGAAAAAGAACGGAUUCAGGCUGAAAACAGGGCAAAACGGGCAGGCUCCAGAGCCCCGGUCUAUUUGAUUCCAAUGGUUGGUGAUCCUCCAACGACAAUAGGUGGUAUAUUAGAAGAGACGGUUGAAGAAGGAGAUGCUGAUGGCGAUUCCAUUGAACCUACAGGAACUGGAGCAGGAAUGACCAAUGUACUGAUGGUUGAUGGAGCCUAG